AUGUCUACUUCUGCACAAACUAGAGAUACAGUAGCAGAAACCACCACAGUUGGUAAUGCUACUGCGUCUACUGGAUCAACUACAACUAAUGUUGUUGAUUCCAGCCAUCCUUUUUAUCUUCACCCCUCGGAUUAUCCAGGGAUGAGUCUUGUUUCUUCUGUUUUUGAUGGAAGAGGUUAUGGUGGCUGGAAGAUAGGAGUAAUUAUCGCUCUUUUAGUCAAGAACAAGCUGGGAUUUACUGAUGGAUCCAUAGCUGUUCCGACCUCUGAUCCUAUCCUCAUGAAGGUUUGGAUUCGGUGUAAUGACAUGGUCCUAUCAUGGCUACUGAACUCUCUUUCAAAAGAAAUAGCUGAGAGUGUUUUGUAUUCAGUCAGUGCCAAAGAUUUGUGGAGAGACCUGGAAGAAAGAUUUGGUCAGGCAAAUGGUGCAAAACUAUUUCAAAUUCAAAAAGAUUUAAAUGCUGUAACUCAAGGAAAUACAAGUGUGUCAACUUAUUUAACAAAAAUGAAAAGUUUAUGGGAUGAGUUGGAUGCCUUAAACACCUUUUCUGCUUGUGUGUGCACAUGUAUUUGUGGUGCUAAAGAAAAAAGACACAAAGCACAUCAAGAUGAAAGGCUGUUACAGUUUUUAAUGGGACUAAAUGAUGUAUUCAUAGGUGUGAGAAGCAACAUUCUGUUGUCUUCCCCUUUACCUUCUAUUGGUCAAGCUUAUUCACUAGUGGUACAAGAUGAAAAACAAAGGGAGAUUCAUGCUACACCAUCCUACCCUGGUGAACCAUCAUUCACUGCUACCAAUCAACAAGGAGGAAGGAGAUUUAAUGACUAUAGAAUUCAGAAACCAACUUUUGACUCUAAAAAGAAUAAUCUGAUUUGUGGUUAUUGUAAGAAACCAGGACAUAGUAUUGAUAAAUGUUAUAGGCUUCAUGGUUUCCCUUCUGAUUUUAAGUUUACAAGACCUAGGAAAUUGCAGGCAACAACUCAAGUCAAUAAUGUUUUUGGAUCUAAUGAGGAAACAAACGUGACAUGUAACAAAGCAACACAGUCCUUGAGCCAGGAAAAUGUCACACAACUACUUAAACUUCUUCAACAAUACAAGACUGACCAGCAGCCUGACAAUGUCACUGAAGCUUUUGCUAAUAUGAGUUUUGCUGACAGUGGAGCUACUCAAUAUAUGACACAUAACAAAGCCCUUCUUUCUAACUUAAAGCUUCUUCCUCAACCUCAAAUAGUUAAUAUUCCUAAUUCCUAUAGAGUCAAAGGACCUUCUUUGAAGAGCCCUCUGGAGAUUGGUAAAGCACAAGGAGGUCUAUACAUUCUCAACUCAAGUCAACCAUCUCUAAGAAGUCAAGUUUCUGCUAGGAUCAGUCCUCCUUCAUCCAAGAAAUCAUCUAUUUCAAAUUCUGUUUUUAGUUCAUGUAAUUCCUUCCCAGUCAAGAAGUUAGUUAAAUCUAGUCCUAGUUGCAAUUCUUGUCUUAGCUGUUUUGAUAGCAAUGUAAAAGAACAGUUUUGGCACUAUAGGUUAGGCCACAUGCCUUUGAGCAAUAUGAAGAAAGUUCCCUUUAAUUCUAUAUCUUCUUGUCAAGCCUUCUCUAAUCCUUGUGUUAUCUGCCCCAUGGCAAGACAGUCCAAACUCCCUUUCCCCACAAGAUAUCCCAAUGGAAAGAAAGGUUAUAAAGUUCUAGAUAUGGCACAUUCCAAGGUUUUUGUUUCAAGAGAUGUGGUUUUUCAUGAAGAAUAUUUUCCUUUUGCUUCUUUUAAUCCUAUUUCUUCUUAUUUUCCACCUAAACAUCAAUCUAGUCCUCCUCUUAUCUUCUCUGAUUCAUCUUCUCCCAUCACUCCUUCUGAUCAAAUUCUUAUCAGACCUACUUUACCACCAACUCUACCCUCUAUUCCACCUACUUCCCCCGAUAAUUUUGUUCCACUUUCUCUACCUACACCACCAAGUUCAAGUUCUCCUAAUCUGUCAUUUCCACCUAAUUACCCUGAUAAUUCUGUUCCACAUUCUUUCCCUAGUCCUGUUCCUGUUCCCUCAUCUGAUACUUCUACUAUUCUCAGAAAAUCCACUAGAGAACACAAGGUUCCUGCCUAUCUUGAAGACUAUAUUUGUAAUGCAGUUCAUUUCACUGAUGGCAGUACCAGUUGUCUCUCAAGUCCUAUUACUCCUAUUUCCUUUUCUAUUAAUGAUCUUUCUUCUUCUAAUCAACAUAUGUUAUGCUCUUUGUCAACUAUUCAAGAACCUGUUAGCUAUAAUCAGGCAGUACUUCAUAAGGGAUGGAAAGAAGCUAUGGAUAAGGAAAUACAGGCUCUUGAACUAAACAACACAUGGGAAGUGGUUCAGUUACCACCUGGUCAAAAAGCCUUACCCUGUAAAUGGGUUUAUAAAGUUAAGCAAAAUAGAGAUGGUACCAUUGAAAGGUUGAAGGCUCGUUUGGUUAUUAGGGGUGACAUACAAAGAGAGGGCAUCGAUCUUAAUGAAACAUUUUCACCUGUGGUGAAAAAGACCACUAUUAGGUGUCUUUUGGCUACUGCAGUCAAGAAAGGUUGGGGAAUUUUUCAAUUGGACGUUAAUAAUGCGUUUUUACAUGGGGACCUUGACGAAGAGGUAUAUAUGAAGUUUCCUGCUGGUACUACCCCACCAUCUCCUUCCCAUGUGUGUAAGUUGCGGAAAUCUAUUUAUGGUCUUCGUCAAGCUUCACGACAAUGGUACUCAAAAUUGACAUAUGCUUUGAAUUUUAAGGGGUUCACUCAUUCUCUUAACGAUUAUUCUAUUUUUGUUAAGAAAUCCAAUUCUUCUCUAUCUAUAGUUGCUGUGUACGUCGAUGAUAUCAUUUUAAUAGGAAAUGAUAGUGCAGACGUUCACUCUCUCAAUCAAUUUCUUCAUCAGGAAUUUAAAAUUAAGGAUUUAGGGGACUUACACUUUUUCUUGGGCAUGGAAGUUUUGCGAGAAUCCCAAGGAUUGAUCUUGUCUCAAAGAAAGUUCACGCUUGACCUCUUGAAUGAGUUUGAUCCUGCACACUUAUCUCCAGCUCGUCUCCAUUAG